UAAGAAAUUGAAAAAACUAUGAUACGAAUGAGCUCAAACAAGUCUACAAGAAGUAAAGAGAGGGACGGGAAAGUAAAAUAAGAGUAAUUCGCUCUGAAUAUAAAUACAUAAAUGGGGACGCUGAACAUGCCCUAACGUCGUCGUCUGGCGACGGCGCAAUCCCUAAGUCAAAACCUCAACGGCUCAGCUCGAAAAGAAUGGCCACUCAAGAAAACGAGGAAGAGGAGAUAAUAAACCCCUUCACAAUGCUGCUCCUAGAGGAUCACGACAAACACGGAACCUCCACUACCCUACACGACGCUGCACCCAAUCACCACCUGCUCCAGAACCAUUUUCUCUCUUCGAUUCAAUCAACGCUCACCAUUCGUCAGUUACCUUCCGAGGGCCUCUCCUUCCAGCUCUGGCCCGCCGCCACCUCUCUCGUCUCCCUACUCGAUCGCUACCGCGCCGACCCUUCGUCCAGCCCUCUCUCCGCCGCGCUCAACGGCCGUCUCAGGAUCCUCGAGCUCGGCUCCGGCACGGGCAUCGUGGGAAUCGUCGCCGCCGCAACUCUGGGCGGCCACGUGACCCUGACGGACCUUCCUCACGUGGUUCCCAAUCUGAAAUUCAACGCGGACGCGAACGCGGGGGUGGUGGGGCCCAGAGGCGGGGAGUUAACCGUUGCACCUCUGAGGUGGGGCCACGCUGAUGACGUGGAAGCGAUCGGACGCGAUUUCGAUCUUAUUGUAGCGUCGGAUGUAGUGUAUCACGAUCACCUUUAUGAUCCUCUGCUCGAAACGAUGCGUUUGAUGAUGCUAACAGAGGAGGGUGCGGUGAGAGAGGGGAAGGAGAAGAUGGCGUUUUUGAUGGCGCACUUGAGAAGGUGGAAGAAGGAAUCGGCGUUUUUCAGGAAGGCAAAGAAGCACUUUCAUGUUGAUGUUUUGCAUACUGAUCCUCCUUGUGAUGGAUCUAGGGUUGGCGUAGUUGUUUACCGUUUCGUUGGGAAGGGUAGUUAGGUAGGUCCGUGGAUUCUAUCAUCAAGAUUGUGUAAUGGAGUUUGUUCAGGAAAUUGUUCAUUGCAAGGGAUCUUUUAUCUCGUGAUUUUUUUGUUUUUUCUA